AAGAUGCCCGCGCCGCGCGCCCCGGGGGAGCCCCGAGCGUCCGGGGAGCGCCGGGCCCUGCUGGCGCGCCGAGCGCGGGGCCCGCGACCCUGGCGGCGGGCGGCGGGCGCCGCGGUGCUGCUGGUGGAGACGCUGGAGCGCGCAGCCUUCUUCGGCGUCUCGGCCAACCUCGUGCUCUACCUCAACGGCGCCGGCCUCAACUGGGCCGGCGAGCAGGCGUCGCGCGCCGCGCUCGUCUUCCUGGGCGCCUCCUACCUGCUGGCGCCCGUGGGCGGCUGGCUGGCCGACGCGUACCUGGGCCGCUACCGCGCCGUGGUGCUCAGCCUGCUGCUCUACCUGGUCGCCUCGGGCCUGCUGCCCGCCACCGCCUUCCCCGACGGCCGCCGCUCCUUCUGCGGCGAGAUGCCCGAGACGCCGCUGGGGCCCGCCUGUCCCGCGCCCGACUGCGAGCGCAGCUCGCCCAGCCCCUACUGCGCACCCACGCUCUACGCCGGGCUGCUGGUGCUCGCCCUGGCCGCCAGCUCCGUCCGGAGCAACCUCCCCUCUUUCGGCGCUGACCAGGUGAUGGAUCUCGGCCGAAAUGCCACCCGCCGCUUCUUCAACUGGUUUUAUUGGAGCAUCAACUUGGGUGCUGUGCUGUCGCUGCUGGUGGUGGCUUUUAUCCAGCAGAACAUCAACUUCCUGCUGGGCUACAGCAUCCCUGUGGGCUGUAUGGGCCUGGCGUUCUUCAUCUUCCUCUUUGCCACCCCCAUCUUCAUCACCAAGCCCCCCAUGGGCAGCCAGGUGUCCUCUAUGCUUAAGCUUGCUCUCCAAAACUGCUGCCCCCGGCUGUGGCAACGGCACUCUUCCAGAGACCCUCAAGGCGCCCACCUGCUGCCUGACCAGGGGUCUCCCCAGCCUAGGCCGUCCCCUCAAGAGGACAUUGCCAACUUCCAGGUGCUGGUGAAGAUCUUGCCCGUCAUGGUGACCCUGGUGCCCUACUGGAUGGUGUACUUCCAGAUGCAGUCCACGUAUGUCCUGCAAGGUCUUCACCUCCACAUCCCGAACAUUUUCCCAGCCAACCCUGCCAACAGCUCCGUGGCCCUGAGAGCCCAGCGCAGCAACUACACGAUCCCGGAAGCCUGGCUCCUCCUGGCCAACGUAGUGGUGGUGCUGAUUCUGGUCCCCCUGAAGGACCGCUUGAUCGACCCUCUCCUGCUGCGGUGCAAGCUGCUUCCCUCUGCUCUGCAGAAGAUGGCGCUGGGGAUGUUCUUUGGUUUUACCUCCGUCAUCGUGGCAGGAGUCCUGGAGAUGGAGCGCUUAUACUACAUCCACCACAACGAGACUGUGACCCAGCAGAUUGGGGAGGUCCUGUACAACGCAGCACCACUGUCCAUCUGGUGGCAGAUCCCUCAGUACCUGCUCAUUGGGAUCAGUGAGAUUUUUGCAAGCAUCCCAGGCCUGGAGUUUGCCUACUCAGAGGCCCCGCGCUCCAUGCAGGGCGCGCUCAUGGGCAUCUUCUUCUUCCUGUCUGGGGUGGGCUCGCUGUUGGGCUCCAGCCUCGUGGCACUGCUGUCCUUGCCGGGGGGCUGGAUGUACUGCCCCAAGGACUUCGGAAACAUCAACAAUUGCCGGAUGGACCUCUACUUCUUCCUGCUGGCUGGCGUGCAGGCCGCUACGGCCCUCCUGUUUGUCUGGAUCGCUGGUCGCUAUGAGAAGGUGGCUCACGGCCCAGCCUCCCACAGCCGUUCCGGCAGGGACAGGGGCUGAACACGUCCCGUCCCACCCCCUUGCUUCUCCCCACGGACACAGACAGCAGCAGUCCCAGCUGUGGUUUCCUUCUCGGUUUAUUCUGUACCCAACAUUAGAAUGCAAUGGUUCCCAUAAAUAAGAGGCAUGAGCCCUUCCUCAA